AUGGGUAGUGGAGCUACUAAACGUGAAAUAUUGGAGAAAAAAUUGGAGAAAAGGCUGCAGGAUCCAAAAACAGAACCAUUAAUAUCUUUGCCACUAGAUUUUUUGGAAGACAUCACAUGCGGUUUUUCCACUGAACGAGUACUUGGCACGGGUGGGUUUGGAGUCGUAUACAAGGGAGUUCUCCGGAGUGGCAAAACUAUUGCUGUAAAGAACAUUUUUGAUAAACAUCUGCUGGACAAUGAUAACCGAUUCGAGAAUGAGAUCAUUUGUCUUACGGAGGUGGUUGGAAGUUGGAGGAAUAGACUUAUAGAAAUAACACCCAUGCAUAUGUCACCAGAAAUGUGUAUCCAACAAGUGCAACAAUGCAUCUCUAUAGCCCUGAAGUGCCUGGAACCUGAGUCGAAUAAAAGGCCUACUUCACUGGACAUAGUUCAAAGUCUAAAUGCAGUAGAACCAAAAUGUACAUCUCCUGGAAAUCCCCCCAGUGUCGUUGAGAAGAAAUUAGCCUACACAGCGACAAGUUAUUCACUAAUCUCCAUGCGCGGAGGCAUCAAUUGGAUUUACCCAGAUGAACAUGCAAAAUCGAUCACAUAUGACACCAGCGGCUUGAUAUUUGUGGACGAGGUCCAGUCGGGAGCCCCAGAGUGUCGAUUGGAGCCCUCCAACUUGGGAUUCCAGUUGGCUGGGGCGCCACUAAGUCACGAGUGGUGUCUGUAUGAUGCAGAAGACCUUCUCGAUGAGUUUAGAUGGUAUGAGAAAAAGGUUUCUGUAGAGGGCAAUGCUAUCUCAGUGGAACCAAUUAUUAAAUUCUUUCAAAGUGUCACUCAAGGUAACUUCAACAAGGUGACUGGUAUCCAGAAGAGGCUCAAUAAUCUCUCCAAGCAGCUUGAGAAACAGGGCUUACUUCCAGCAAUUCCAAAGUUUGACAAAUCAUCUAGGCCCGAGACCUCCUUUUUCUCCACUGAAGCAAAGAUGAUUGGUCGUGAUGAGGAAAAGAAGAAACUGAUCAUGUUACUUGGUGUACCAACAAAUAAAAGCUCAGGUCGUUCCGGAUGCAAGAGAAAAAGAAGAGUCAGUUCAUCAACAAGCAACCAAGUUUGUGCUACUAUUGAUAGUAACGAAGCAACAAUAGUGAGUGUUCGAGUUUUGCCAAUUGUUGGAAUUGGGGGUGUCGGAAAAACCACCUUGGCUCAAGAUAUUUGCAACCAUUCAAAAGUGAAAGGUCACUUUGACCUGAUAAUUUGGAUUUGUGUAUCGGAUGAUUUUGAUGUCAAGAGGUUAACUAAAGAAGCCAUAGAACAAACUUCUGGGGAAGUGCUAGAAAAUGGUAACUUGAAUUCUCUCCAGCUUGCUCUUGCAAAUAGCGUGAACAAGAAAAGAUUCUUGAUUGUCCUUGAUGACAUGUGGGAUGAAAAUGAGGAACAUUGGAAGCACUUGUGUGCACCUUUUAAAAAUGCAUUUCAGGGAAGCAUGAUGCUUGUCACCACUAGGUCUCCGAAGGUUGCUGAUGUAGUGCGUACAAUGGAUUCCUUUCCCUUAGAGGGUUUGAAAGAUGAUGUCUUUCGGAAGUUCUUUAAGUCCUGUGUGUUUGGGCCUAAUAGCUCCAACAUUGAUCCUAAGUUGGAACGGAUUGGUGAGAAAAUACUCCCAAAGUUGAGAGGCUCUCCUUUAGCUGCAAAAACUCUAGGACGGCUGUUAGGAAUGAGCCUUGAGCUAGCACAUUGGGAUAGGAUUCUCAAGAGUCAGCUGUGGGAGCUUCAACAAAAGGAGACUGACAUUUUGCCGGCUCUUCGGUUGAGCUACAUGUAUUUCAUUGUAUUUAAAGAGAUGCUUCUCAUUCUGUGCUGUGUACCCGAAAGAUUACAUAUUCAAAAAGGAGGAUUUAGUGGAGAUUUGGGUGGCAGAAGGCUUAGUGGAACAUCACACUGGUGGUCAAAAUAUCCACGGUCCCACAAGAAAUAUGUAAUACAUGAUUUGAUGCAUGACAUGGCACAACUGGUUUCAAAGGAUGAGUGCUUUAUAGUAAAAGAAAAAAAUGAUAUUCCUAAGAUCCCUCAGAAUGUCCGCCAUCUGUCAGUGGUCAAAGGCGGAGAUAUUCAGUGUUCUGACUUAUUGAAGAAUGACAUGGCACGGCUUAGAAAGCUGCGCACCCUAUUUUGCCACCUGUCUUUAAAGAGUGAAGCUGAUAAUACUGUGAUGGAGAAAUGGUGUAAUGAACUUUUGUGCAUGCGUGUCAUGGUCUGUUCUAUCUCUAAGUGGGGCUUACCAGGUAAUAUUAGCAACAUGAAGCUACUUCGGUACCUUCAAAUCCUCGACUCUAGCCUUUGCAAGAGCCUUCCUUCAGCAUUCUGUUGCCUCUAUAAUAUGCAAAUAUUUAAUGCUACGAAAUGGAGCAUUGAUGACAUUCCUAGCGGCUUUGGUAUGCUGAUCAACAACAACAACAACAACAACAACAGCAAAGCCUUUGGUAUGCUGAUCAAUCUGCAGAAAUUUGAAUCAGUGAAAUGUCAAUUUCAUCAUAUACAUUCAGUUGGUACUCUUAAAGGUGCAACAGACCAAGGACAGAAGAGUCAAUUUGAGCUCAUAAACUAUAAUGGUGAUUCUCUCCCAAACUCACAGCAGGUUCACAGUUACGACAGCACUAAUAGCACUCUCUUGUCCGUGACUGAUGUAGUCAUUCACAGUUGCCAAAACUUAUCAAGCCUCAAACAAUUUCUACAGCCAGGUUAUGUACCUACCAUCAAGAACAUAGAAAUUUCAGAUUGUGGAAGUUUAGAAUCAGUACCAGCUGAUAGGUUUGGAGAUUUGCAUUUCCUUGAAGUACUGAGUGUGUCCAAGUGUCCAAAUAUAAAAUCACGACGCCUGUUUGCUCCAUCCCUAAAGAAGCUGUAUCUGGAAGACUCUGGGGAUCUUGGAUACAAGAAUGAGUGUAGUUCUCUCACCAUCUUGCAUUUAUCAAAUUGCCCUCUUGAAUCCAUUGAACUGCAAAUGUGCAAUCUCCGGUUACUGCAGGAGCUCAAGAUCAGAUCUUGUCCCUCUCUGACAGUUAUUAGAGAUUCAGAACCUAUAUCCUCUGACAUUUUACAUGGUGAGGCCAGAAGCAGAGCCAUUGAUAACACUUUCUUGUCCCUGACUGAUUUGCCAAAACUUAUCAAGCCUCGAACAAUUCUACAGCCAGCUUAUGUGCCUAUCAUCAAGAAAAUAGAAAUUUACUAUUGCAGAAGUUUACAAUCUGUACCAACAGAUAUGUUUGGAGAUUUGUGUUUCCUUGGAGUACUGCGUGUAUCCCAUUGUCCACUGAUCAAAUCAGAGCAUCUGUUUGCCCCAUCCCUAAAGGAGCUGUAUCUGGUGAACUCUGGGAAUCUCGGAGGCAACAUUGAGUGUAGUUCUCUCACCAUCUUGCAGUUAUCAGACUGCCUCCUAGAAGCCAUCGAACUGCAAGUGAGGAAUCUUCCAUUACUACAGAAUCUUGAGAUCAUUCGUUGUUCUUCUUUGACAAUUAUUAGAGAUUCAGAACCCAUAUCCACUGACCUUUUCCACGGUGGGGCCCAAAGCAGAAUGGGAAAAUUUCCCUUACUCGCCCACCUAACCAUUGUCUCCUGCGAGAAGCUUAAAACUAUAGAUGACCUCCUAUAUCUCCCUGCCGUUGAGAGAAUUUCGAUUACGGAUUUUGGCUUGCUGCUGUCCCUGCUAGCUCAUAGAUUGGGAAGUUUUCCUCGUCUGAAAGAUUUGAAGAUUUCAGCCUGUCAAGGCCUCAACUGGCAGAGUGGAAUGCUGUUAGCACGGUCUCUCCAAAAGCUCACGUUAUGGAAUUGUGGGGAUUUCUCUGCCUGGCUUCCAAGUUGCCUGGAGAACCUCACCUUCCUCGAGUCACUGGAGAUUCGUGACUGUGAAUGUAUAGUGUCUGUUCCUGGCCACCUGUGGAGCAGUAAUCUCAGAUCACUUCAAAGAUUGAUGUUUUAUAGUUGUUCAAAGCUUAAAUCUAUUGGUGGACCAGGCACAAUUACACACAUAAGAGAUUUAUGUAUUGAUGACUGUCCAGAGUUGAAGGAAAUUGACCAGCCACUGAGGAGAGGCUCAUUUUUGUAG